CAACAUCAACAUGUCCGAGUGCUGCAAAUCUGGAUUCAAGUGGAACGGUACAUCGACCGGCAAGGAGACGUCCCUCGGCAAGAACCAGGCCUACGUCACCGGCGACAACAAGGAUGCCGCCGUCCUCAUCGUCUGCGACGUCUUUGGCUGGAAGCUGCCCAACAUCCGUCUGUUGGCCGACCACUACGCAAAGGAAGCCAAUGUGACCGUCUACGUCCCCGACUACUUCGAUGGCGAAGUCGUCGACGAAGACGCCCUUUCGAACCCCGAGAAGCGCGAGAAAUUCGACGUCAUGGCCUUCAUCGGCCGCAACAGCAAGGAAAUCCGCUACCCUGAAAUCCUCGCAAACGCAAAGGAGCUCAAGUCUCAAUACAAGAAAGUCGGCGCCAUUGGUUUCUGCUACGGUGCCUGGGCUGUCUUGCGUCUGGGCAGCAAGGACGAGCCUCUGAUCGAUUCCGCUGCUGUCGCCCACCCUUCUCUGCUUGAGGAGUCGGAGAUUGCAAACAUCGGUGUUCCGGUGCAGUUCAUCUCGCCCGAGACCGAUCCCAUGUUCACUCCCGAGCUCAAGGAGUUUACCCUCAAGACUUUGCCCGGAUUGAACGUUCCUUUCAAUUACGACUACUACCCCGGUCUGGUCCACGGUUUCGCCACUCGUGGUGACCAGAGCGACCCCAAGCAAAAGGAGGGUCUGGAGAGAGCAAAGAACUCUGCUGUUUACUGGUUCAAGCAGUUCUUGCACUGAGCAAUUGCUGUAGCCGCUUCUUCCCUUACUUUGUGUAUAUACCCCCCUUUUCUCCCUGGAAGAGUUCCCGAGCUUAGAUGGGAAGAUGAAUGAGAUGAAAUGUCCUUUUGAUACUUUGUGCUCCUGUUUUGAGUCUUCUAAUUCACUUCUUCUUGGUCCACCCACAACAGGUAGUAAUAACUCGUUAUUGGUCCUCUAGCCUCUGCGAUCUGUUUGACUUCAAGCAGAAACAGUGUUGUACCUCGCAAUAUAUAGUCAAGAAGCGUGCCAAAGG